AGGAAGGAGAGAAUGAUUCUCCUUGGAUUUAGAACGCCAAGAAAAAUCCACCUGUCGGCCAUUGUACAUUAACGAGAGCGAGCGAGGUAUCCAACUCGGUAGCGUCGAGGGAGUGAGUUUUUACGUUUGCUGUGUUGACCACUCUUCGUACCUUGAACACUGCAGUUGAUCGAACUCAAUCAAACCGAAUAUUUCCGGUUCCUAUAGGUUAAUUAGUCUUUUAGUUUAAUCACGCAAACAAGAAUUUGUACAACGAGCGCGUCCGAGAUGCGAGUUGAGACCCUGCUUACCUGGUCAUGAACUCUAUGCAUUGCCUGCCAAAGAAGUGUCAUUGACUUUUAUCUCCGAUGUUUCCAAACGAAUCUAGUUCAGAUGAGAUUUCAGCGGAAUCAAGCGAUGCCUUUGUACAAAUCCGCAAGGAGCCUGCCGAGCACAGGGGUGUUUUCGGAGGGGUAAUGGCGACUACCUCCUUUGAUUCUCAGCGCCCUCUCUGCCCUGUGGACCAAGUGCCUGUAUCAAGGGAUUCAACCAGGGACCACACUCUCAGUGGUGCUAUCAGCGUAAUUUCUGCAACAGGCAACAUCAGCAGCACCUCGGACGACAAGGCUGAGCAGGAAAGCAGCCGCCGUGCAUCCGUCGCGCUAAACACUACACACGUUGUCUAUUCCAAAGAACAAGCUCGACCUGAGGUUGCCAUGACUGAGGAGGCGGUGACACAGGAACGAGCUACCAGAAUUAUGAUGCACACAGUGGCAGCAGCAAAAGCAGCUGGUCCCUGCGACCCCAAGUCUGAGGCUGGGCCGCGCGUGGUGACGGUGGUGCGCGCGUCAGCCAAACUCUCAGCGUCUGUGAUAUUCCCAAGCUCAAGGUGUGGCGCGGCGGUCACUCCGUCCCUGCAGCACAAGGGCAGCGACCGGACUGGCCAACAGGCACAACCGUCGGCCUCUGGAGCCGGCCCCCUUGGUUCUUCCAGCAGCACCCGUCUGCAGCAUUGUGCACAAAGUCACACGCCCCUAAACACUCAGGCCAACUCUGAUCCAAAAACUAGCCAAGUCCCACUGACAACACCACACUCUCCUUGCAAUAAGGACCUUACGAUGAUGAAGUAUCCUGCAACUGCUAACCUUAAGAACGUCAUCGAACAACAACUCUGGCCAAAACAAGGUGCUGCCUUUAAAGACAUGCUCUCUGCAGUGAAAAGUUAUAACUUGAAUGUAAUCAUUCCGAAAAACCGGCUGUACGGACCAGCCUCAAACGCCGACUGGGGCAUCCCGCGCGGUUGCGGCCUGCUAGGCGGUGGGGAAAGUUCGCUUAACAACGGCACCUCUGGUUGGGGCACUCCUCCCGCCAGCUCAGCCAACAGCGCCGGUUGGGGCCAAAACGCGAGCUCUGCCCCAAAUGCUCAGACCGCCGCCCAGGGCUCAGCUCAGUGGGGAGCGGCCACUCGUCCUGUCCAACCUGCGGGACCCAGCGGCCAGCCUAACAAGGGCAGCCAGUCGCCCCAGCAGCAGCAGCCUGUGCAACAGCCUAUUCAGCCUAGCAGCGCCUCAGGUGGCCAGCAACAGAACCAGCAGCAGCAACCUCCUAGUCAGCAAGCGACGCAGGCGGGAAAUGGAACAGGCCAGCCGGCCCAGCCCUCCAAUGGAUCUCCCUCGUGGGCACAAGCAGCCGGCGGUGCCGGUGGUGGCCCAGGCAAGGGCCCAGGUCAGCCCCCAGGCUCAAAUGGCGGCCCGGGAGCCACAGGCACGACCUCGUCCAAGCAACUGGAGCAGAUUAACUCCAUGCGCGAAGCCCUUCUCAGCCAAGAUGGAUGGGGCGGACAACACGUCAAUCAAGACACAGGUUGGGACAUCCCAAACUCACCUGAACCAGGUAUGAAGGAAGGCGGUGGAUGGAAACCCAACGUCAACAACGGCACCGAUUUAUGGGAAGCCAACCUUCGGAACGGUGGACAACCGACCCAGCAGCCGGCGGCCAAGACCCCAUGGGGCCACACGCCCUCGACCAACAUCGGAGGCACCUGGGGUGAGGAUGACGACGUCAGUGACAACGCCAAUAUGUGGCAAGGUGUCCCGAACACCGGUGGAGGUGGUGGCGGCGGCGGCGGUGGCGGCGGCGGCGGCGGGCCAUCUGGCCCUCAAUGGGGCGCCGGACCGACCGCAAUUCCCAAGAAAGAGUCUGACUGGGGCCCAGGCGGCAGCACCUGGGGCGAUGCGCGUGACAUGCGCGCCAUGGGCAUGGACCCGCGGGCCGCAGCCACCGCGGAGCGCGACCUGCGUGGCUCAAUGGGCAUGGACAUGGGCGGCCGUGGAGACAUGAUGCGCCCAGACAUGAUGAUGAACCCCAGAGAUCCUCGCCUCGGCGGUGGUGCUGGCGGUGGAGGACGUAUGAACGGUGAAGGGCCCAUGUGGGGAGCCCCCAAGGGCCAGCAGCCACCCGUCAACCAGUGGGGCGGACCACCCAACAAGGAGAUGAAGACCCCCUCUGGCUGGGAAGAGCCAUCACCGCCUGCGCAGCGGCGCCAAAUCCAGAACUACGACGACGGCACCUCGCUGUGGGGCAAUCCAGGUAACCCGCAGGCGCCCACUUGGCGCGGUGGUCCGACCAAGGCGGACGGCGGCAAGGUAUCCCACUGGAAGGACAUUCCGCACCCCAGCAUGGGAGGACGCAGCUCGGGCAUGCAGUGCCCACCGGGCAUGGCCCAAGGCCGUGGAAUGCCCAGCGGCGGCGGUAUGAAGCCGGACGUGGCCAUGUGGGGCCACCCUCAGCGCAACGGCUCCUGGGACGGACCCCAAGGGCCACAUGACGGACCCUCUGGCUGGGGUGACGACUCAGCAGCGGCCAAGAUGGGUGGCUGGAAUGAGCCUAAUAUGAUGGCCCAGGGCUCGUGGGGCGGACCUAAGCCCAAGAUGGGCUGGGGCGACACCUCUGACGUCGACCCGUCCUCGUGGGGCCACCCCAAACCCGGCCCGAAGCCUCUGACCAAGGACAUGAUCUGGGCUAGCAAGCAGUUUAGGCUGAUGACCGAGAUGAACAUCGGCUACAAGAAGGACGACAUCGAGAACGCUCUGCGCUCCACCAACAUGAACAUGGAGGACGCCAUUGAGCUGCUGAACAGCAUGCGAGACGGCUUCCGCCGAUCUGAUGAACAUCCGUUUGACCUCGGCGGCUCAGGGGGCCCCCACCCUGGAGGCCCUGGCGGCGGCGGCUACCCUGGUAGGGUUGGGUACAACCCUCCUCAGCAGAUGCCCUUCGCACCACCGGGCCCUGGUGUGAACAAUGCCCCUAGUCUUAUGAACAAUGCGAACAACCCUAGUCUACCCAGUAUUAAUACAAUGAGCCCAGCCAUUGUGCAGAAGAUUUUAACCCAGCAGCCACCCCCUGCUGCUGCUGCACAGCCAUCCACUCAGCAACCCUUCCAGUCGGUGCAGCGAACUCCACUCAGCCAGCCGCAGCCUUCUGCCGCCCAGUUGCGCAUGCUCGUGCAGCAAAUCCAAACCGCGGUUCAAUCAGGCCAUCUCAACCCACAGAUUCUGAACCAGCCACUGGCCCCGCAAACACUGCAGCUACUGAACCAGCUGUUGAACCAGAUAAAGUUGCAGCACAGCUUAGUGCAGCAGCAGACGCUGAUCAGUCUUCAGCCGCUGACGAAACAACAAAACCAGAACCAUUUGCAGAUUUCUGUGCAGAUCACCAAGACGAAGCAGACAAUUGCCAACCUGCAAAACCAGAUCGCGGCACAGCAAGCGCUCUUUGUCAAGCAGCAGAGCAACAUGUCAAGCGGCCAGCAGGCCGACUAUUUCCCCAAGCCUCCCAUGCCUGAUCCAACUAUGUCACUCGACGUCAGCCUUGGACACCUCUCCAUCAAGGAACCUCAAUCACAGCAGUCCCGCCUGAAUCAAUGGAUCAAACAAGACAAAGACAAUGACGGUUCGAUCAACGAAUUUGACCGCGCACCUGGCAAUUCAAAGAGCCAGUCGCACACCUCACCCAAUAUGAACCCACUGCUCGGUCAGGCAGACAGCACGUGGUCCUCAGUCGGGCGUGGCGCUGGCGACUCAGGUUGGCCGGACAGCUCUGCUGAGCUGGGUGGUGGUGCGCAGAACGACAACACCAACUCUUUCGAGGUGCCAGAAUUUGAGCCUGGCAAGCCGUGGAAGGGCAGUAACCUGAAGAACAUCGAGGACGACCCCACUUUGACGCCAGGUUCUGUCAUGCCAUCGCCGUUGUCGGUGCCUACCAUCAAAGACUCAGUCUUCUCAACCAACAAGACUUCGCCUCCAUCAAGCAUUGUGUCGUCGGCCGCGGACACCAUGUCCUCGGUCGGCCUGUCUAACCCCACCUGGAGCUACAACUCUGCCUCCUCGGGCUCAGCUUUCGCAAGUUUGAGCAACAAUGGCAGCGGACCUCGCGCCACGGGUGGUUCCUCCUCGUGGAGCACUGGUGGCUGGGGUGGAUCAACCUGGCUGCUUCUGCGCAACCUGACUCCUCAGAUUGACGGCUCCACCCUGAAAACUCUGUGUCUGCAGCACGGACCUCUGCUAAAUUUCCAUCUCUACCUGAAUCAUGGCCUGGCCAUGGCCAAGUAUCAAACUCGUGAAGAGGCCGCCAAGGCCCAAGGCGCGCUAAACAACUGCGUGCUGAGCAACACAACCAUCUUCGCUGAAUCGCCUGCCGACAGUGAGGUGCACAGCUUGAUGAGCCAGCUGCAUAGCUCUGGCUCUCAAGGCCCCAGUAGCGGGGCAGGCUGGGGUAACCUGCGGCCUGGCUCAGGCCCCGCCAGCGGCCAAAGCGGCAGCGCCGCAUCGGCCGGCGGUCAGCAAGGCGGCCAGCAACCCAACAAGCCUCCCCCAGACGCAUGGGGUGGCGGUGGCGGAAGCAGCAGCCAACUGUGGUCGGCGCCGACCUCGGCGUCAUCACUGUGGGGCGCUGCGCCACUUGACGCCGGCGACCAACAUCGCGCGACGCCCUCGUCGCUAAAUUCGUUCCUGCCGGGCGACCUGCUCGGCGAGGGCAUGUGAGGUAGGCAGCACCCCUCCUCCGCUUGCACCACGAACCGACGCGCCGCCUGAUUGUUCCAAUCGCUAAGAUAAACGAAAAAUAACUAGCUUUGAUCCCGAGCUCGAAAACAAUCGGACAGAGUCCCACCCGAAUCAAGUAUGACUAUUCAUAGUAGGACACGACGUGUUUUCCGCUUUAAACCCCUGUGAUCUCAACGUCCUUUUGUCAACUGCACGAGACAGCGCAACCGUGCUGGAGUUGCGUCUGCUUGUGCUACUAAAUUUAUUGAAACUAUUAAUAAAAAAAAUGAAAAACACACAACACACACAUACACAAUGACAUUUAAUAAUGUAAAGAAUAAGAUUACUUGUAAAAACAGGUGAUAUUCGAACGAUCAUGAUGUCUUCACACUACUGGUAAUAUUCUUGUAUGGCAAAAUAAUCGAGAGAGAUACUUUUUAGAAAUACCGUUAGCUGCAGACGAAACACGUUCAGCGCGACACCCGAAUCAGAGCACGAGUGUUCGAUCCAUGACCUCGGCAGUUAGAAAUCUCGUCGCUCUUGAUUAUUUACCUCGACUUUGGGGCUGAAUAUCACAAACACGCGAGACGCCGGCCUAAUGGCGGGCGUCUCGAGAUUUUCCAAAUGAAAAAUACAGAAAAGAAUACAGCGCUGUGAAUUCAUAGUGGCUUUUUUCGAUGACGAACAGAAAGUUUUAAGCGAUCCGGAGUGUAUGUCUCCUUAAGGCGCGUGCAAUUGGGCGAAAUAAUUCCAAUCAAUCGUAGUUAAUUUAAGUGCUGUGUGUCGGUUUUCCGCUUGAAAAGGUGCAAAUGCGACUCAAACGUGCACUUCUUUUUUCUGAUACGUAGACGUUAGGCCGUUCAAGAUAUUUGUCACAUUUUCUAAAGUUCCCUCUGCAGCUGUGUGGCAUGGAGAGGGUUUCUACCGCUCUAUUCAGAAUCCUCCCUCGCGAUUCAAACGAGCGUUAAUCCGAAAUGAUGAAAAAUGCCAAGCUUUAGUAUGUAAGAAGGCUAAUGAAGAGGAAGAUUAUCAUUAAUUAAACAAACAGAAAACAACUACAAUUAAGAUUAACGACACAAAGUAAAAGUGACGGCCGAUGAGUAUAAAUUCACGCGCGCGCGCACUCACACAUACACAUGUACACAUUAAUGAAAAACACUUAAAUGUUGCGUCACUAGGAUAUUUAGAGUAUCGUGUUUAAGGCUCUUCUUCCUCGACGACGUUGAUGAAUAUCUUAAUUGUUCUCUGCGUGUACCAAAAUAAAUUUGGAAAUGAUUAUCACGUUAAUGCUAAUCAUAAGGAUUCCUAAGUGUUAAGCCAGGUAGGCUGUAAGUUUUUUCUGCUGCUGAAAUUUAAAACAUUUUGGAUAAGCUAAGCUGUUAAAAUUUAAGAUCUCUGACCCGGCACGGAUAAAAAGGCGUCUUGUGCGAUUAAUAAUCGAAUCAUGCCAAUAUGAAUUAACGUGAGAAUCAAAUUAAUUGUUGUCGUUAUUUAAAUCGAUUUAAUUACCUGACCUUGUGAGCUAAUGCAACUCGGGCGCGUUUUUAUCCGUGCAACUGAAUGUGAUAAAAACACUAUAUGUGUAUAUAGAAUAUAAAUGAUACGUUGUGCAUAUUGAGCGAAAACAACACACACAUACAUAACAUACAGACACACAUUUUCGUCAAUUUUAAUGAUAAAACGAUCGAUGAUGAGACGAAUGUUGAGCCCUGACGCUCUCGCUUCGUCAGAGCUUUGGCGUAAGAAAUCACACCCAACACACACGUUUCAACAGCCUGAAAGGGUAAAUUCAUUGUAAUAGUAGACGAUUGAAAAAAAAGAAUAUUAGCAAUCAACCAAAAGGUGGUAAUGUUUCAUUGCUCGAUUUCGUUCUUUAAACAAAACGCAGUUUGAAAUCACACGAUACACACAUACACACACAACACGGCGAUCCUAUUUUCAACAACAAAAGUCGUUCUUAAAAAGUACAAGUGUUCACGUAAGUCAUAAUAACUAAAUAAAUAAUUAUAUUGAGGCCUGAUAGAAUUAUAAUGUUGCGACGAUGAUGAUGAUGAUUAAUGAAUAAUAUUUGAAAGACUCAUUACGGAAAAGUCCAUCCUUGCCUUCUUUGCUUAUAUGUCGACGCUUUUAAUUAAUUGAUGAUUCUCUAAUUUUGUAUUCUUAAUUAAUGCGCUACACUGAAGUGAAUGGGAUAAGAUUAUAAUACGAAAGAGAACAAUUACCAGCUACCAAAACGCAAAAUUAAGUAAUGUUAAUACUUUGGGUGAGUGCAUUUGAGAGAGUCCUUGUCUCUCGGACGACGAGUGAGGUAGGCGUCUCAAAAAUACUUAAAAAACCAAUCAACAAACAAUAAAUUUACGCGACCAUUGUGAUUUGUGAUGAGACACAUUUACAGCCGCUCAAGUGGCCAAUUGAUCAGUUAAAAUAGUUGAUCGAGUGCUAAUAACAAACUUGUUUAGCUUUAGCAUCGCUGGGUUUUUCUGUUGUUAUUUACUUCUGAUGCUCGGGGCUUCUCACAUUAGCAUGUCGGAAAACGGUGUGGAGAAAAAGUUGAAAAAAAACGAGCGAGAAAUGUGUUGCGGCUGCCAAAGUCCUGAGAGCAAUUAUUCCAAAAUUACAAUACGCCAUGUCACACGAUUGCGCGCAGAAGCAAGGUAUCGGCUCUCUUAAGCCUUUGAUUUUUGUUGUUGACCACCGAGAGACUCCUUUUCUUCCGUUGACCUAAUAUUAUUGCUUUGUGCAAACGCGUCAUAGAUUUUUCUCCUACUUGUGAUUUUGGCGUCGAGCCGAUUCCUUGAUGCGCGUGCCGAUCCGUUCUUUUGUUGUCAUUAGCUAAUAUUUUGCAAAUCCAGUAUUUUGUGAUGAUGCAGAGUGCCACCUAUAAUUACUAUGCAUGAUGAUUAUGCUUUCCUUACUCGUAAUUAUGAUCGUAUUAUUAUUCCUUUGGUUUAUGAUGCAUUAUUUGUGUAAAACUGACCACUUGUAUGUCCAAUAUAAUUAAUUACUAUUAUAUAUGAUUUUACCAUUUAGGUGAUUAUUUGAUUAUUAUCGUCGUCAUUUAUUUUAAAAUACAGGCGCAUGCUGCUAAAAAUAAUACUGAACGCUGCUUAUUAUUUCAUUUCUUUUGCUGCUUCCUCUUCUUCAUGUGCGUGAAUUGAAGAGCUGCUGAUUGAUUGAUUGAUGAUUAUUAUCGUGUAGGUUUUGUUGCUUUUGAUCGCGAAACGAUCUCUUCUCCUAAGUAAAGUCUGGUUUGUCACUCGAAAUGACAAAAUAAAAUCCUCCCUAAGAACAGUCAAGUUUGAAUUCAUUCUCAAAGUCGGCCUUUGCUGCCAUUCGACCAAUGAAACGCACUAAAUCAGGAGUGACAGGCACAGACUAAAGAUAAACUCUUGGAAAGUCAUUCCCUGUUUAGUUUUGGUUGUGAAUUCUUAUAAUGUAGAUAAUAUACUCACGGGCCCCGCACUUUAGAUAGGCUGACUUUGUUUAAUUAAUUAAUUAUUGUCCUACACGCAACACACACUUCUUGGGUGCGGCAUCUGCUUUCACUCACAGCUUCUGCUUUUCUUCUCAGCACAACAAACACACACAUACACACACGUGAAAAUCUCGAUUCCAUUUUGGCCUAAUUAAGUGUCGUUUCUACAUUUUCCAUAGCAGAAAAACAACCAUGUGAUAAUCGAACACACGCGUCAAAAUUUUCACUCAACUCGGGCCGCCGCGUCCGUAUUUUGGCCUUUGCAUCCCGAUUUUUCUCCUCGCAAACCGUCCUCACACACGAGUAAAAUUAGCCAUGUGACGAAACCUGUCUCCUGCUCGAACGGGGCCCAGUCAUCAAUUAACAAAAGAAACUAUGCAGAUGGUUGUUAAGGAAGUAAAGUAAAUUUAAUGUAUUUUUGUCAAAGUGAAACUUCCGAGGCCAGUUGUGAUAGUGAAUAUCGACUUUUGCUCGGACGGUCACUUAAUUCAAUAAAGAGAAAAGAAAAGAAAAAAUAACGUGCAGUCGCAAACACCUGACGCCUUCUGUGCUGGAUGUCGUGUCUCCCGACUGACCGACGAGUGGCGCCAAACACGCUUUCUGCUGGAUGCCUUCGACUCUUUGAUUCCGUUGCAAACUCUCCAUUCGAAACUACAAAGUAUUACACAAUAAACGUACAAUCAAAUUUAAACACAGUUGUUAGCGAGCAGUAGGGUUAAGGGGCAGAUGAAUGGAGGGAGAGAUGGCCUUUCAAAAGACCCACCCCCGUGGACACGAGGUCGACGAGGUUCCAUUGGACGAAUCUAUCACACACAUAUUUAUAUUAUAAAAACACUCCCCAAACGUUUUUUGCAAGUUUCGCAACGACUUUCGGUCCUAACCUGGCGCCACUUUGACGUUACUCGGAUCAACACGCGUGUCGACAGAACAAUAAAUGUGUCAAUAUUAACCAUAUUUAAAAGCAGGCGCGAUUCAUGAAUUUAAAACUCGGGAAUGCAUAAGACUACGAUGAUGUUUUCUAUGAAUAAGGUGUGUCGUUGAAUGUCUAAUUUACUCCGCGAUAUAUCUUAAGAAUUGUGUUCAUCAGAGUGAGUAAAUGACGGUAUUAAAGGCAUAAGGGUUUCAUAGGCUUAAGUAAACAAAAAAAAAUACAAAAAUCUAAAAAAAUGUCCCUGGAUGCGAGAAUUCCCCUUACCCUGUAAAGGCGUGUGAAAGGAAUGAGUGAACGGGUGGAGGUUAUUCCAGGGUCCCUAUUAGCGAAUGCAUUCUCCCGUGUAACCAAAGAGUUCAACCCGCUUGCCUGUGGCCAACAACCAUAUGUGUGACGUAGCAAAGCUUGUUGUUUCCCCUCCGCAAUAUUACAUAUUAUAUUACGUCGUACUGUGUGCAAACUCUUCCUAACUCUGCAUUUUGAUUUCCUUGUCAGUGAAGAAGUAAAAAGUAAACAAAGGUUUGAGUUGAUUCUCGUGACUAUAUACGCUCCGAUUCCAAUGAUUUUAACGGGUUGUGAUUACGAAUUAAAAGAUGAUAUCAACCACUCGCCAGAAAAAAAGGUUUAGAUAAGACGGACAGAGACACACUCUUUUGAAACGGGCACAAAAUGUAGAAUGACUUGAACGACGACUAAAAUUUCGAAACACUCGACUCGCACGAUUCCAAUCAAUUCGGAAAGAAAUCCAAGUGCCUUCAGUGUGCUGACGAAACCUUCAGUUUUUUCCAUUUUUGUGUGUGCACUCGAAUCGAUUUAGUUUGUAUAACUCGGGUGACGGGUUAGUUUGUUAAUUUUAUGAUUUUAAAAAUCAGAAGACACGCUUUUCUCGCUGGAGCCAGCGCAGAGCCGCCUGCCAGAAUCAAUGGUUGCUCAAAUUCUCUCUUUAUCUCUCUGCCCUUCCAUCGUUGAACGUGCAUUUUUAUAAUAUGACUUGUGAUUUAACUAAUCAGUUGAAUUAAGAGUAUUUUCCGGGGAAAAUUGUAUAAGACUUGUCGCGAUGCUCACACUCCCUCACGCUCCCGCUAGUCACCGAAUCGACUUCUCUCGCGUUCCUGAUUCGUCGUCGUUUUUCUUGGAUAAUUAAUUAGUGAACUCGAUGAUUGCACUACACGAAUGAUAUGUAGGCAGCGGUGGCGGCGGCUGGCGCAGGCGAAAGCCCCAUGCACAUUGUUCCUUUGUUGAUUUGUGCGGCACAAAACUCACGAUUGGUCAAAACGCGUUUCAAAUUGGUAAACUGCUGACGUGCCUUUUUCCAUUGGAUGCGAUGAAUGCGAUUGGAUGUGGAGAAUUCACAAAAUAACGCAGUCGACAAGAUUCAGUUGUUCCUCGAUAGAGAUUUAUACUAGCUAAACAAACAAAUUGUAACCAAAAAUCCAGCUGGCCGCUUAUUUCCUCGCAAUAAUUAAAAACAAUGAAAUACAUUCGAAUGGACCCUCUUCCAAAACUCAACAACUAACUCUCAUUUUGUGAUUGCCAUAUCCUAACGUUAGGUACAUUUCGUCUCCUCGAAUUCUGGGGAAUAAUCAAACUCGGUUUUGCGAUAUCAGUUCAGGGGGGAAAUUGUUGACUUUUGCGAGCGGUCUAUUGGAAUAUCGUUCAACAUGCAUUUUAUAAGCAAAACCAAGUGAAAAUGAAUCAAAACUAGCCGAAAAUUCUCCAUAAAUGUCUUGUGGCCUUACGAUGACAAAACGAAACAACAAUAAUCCUACCGAACAUCAACAACUAACUAACAAACAAACAAACGCCCUUCUUAACCCCUUGAAACCGUAUAGAGCGAUUGCUGUUUCAGUAUUUUUGAAUCCAAAUCAAUUCGACUCGGAAGGAAACGCGUUCUGUGAAAAUAUGGGAGGGAAAAAAGUGCCGGAGAGAAUAGAACGCUUACUUAGCAACACACACACACACACUCACACAUAUUUCCUGCCUAAGAGUAAUCACGACGCAACAUAUCAAGCAAUCGCAUUAAUGAUUAGUACACACAAACACACACACAGACGUUUCGAUUGUUAGUUACCCCCGGCGUGCGUUGGACGACUCGUUUUCAAAUUGCUCUUUUCUGCCGCUCUUUGUCACUCCUCUAUAGGUCUAAUUGUGUGUAAUAGUGUAAGGAAAAAAACCGUUAAGAUCAAAAUUCGCCAAUCAUCAAAGUACAAGCAAGUCGGACGCCUUUCGACUCGCACUGGAAGAGAAACAGUUCUAGGCCAAGCCACUUUUUCUUGUCGUUUUCACCCCCCGUGACGUCCCCGCCCCGCCCCCCUCUGAAUGCGUGACUCUUCCUCGUGUCGGCGUGAGUGCGUAUUUGCGUGUCACUCAAGUAGCAAGAAAGAAAGCUGCAUAUUAUAUCUCUAAGGUUGCCCCGUCGACAUGCCAAACUACUGCCUCGGAACUUUCGUGGACUUUUGGCCAACUCAAUAUUAAAUAAAUAGUAUAUUUAUGCUUUCUCUCAUAUCGGGCCAUGUUGUUUGCAGUGGUGACUCUUAUGAAAUAAGUCAAUUUCCGUUGUCAGCAAUCGUCCAGCAAACGAAUGGAGCUUUUCGCGAGACGCCCCUCCCUGCAAGCGUGAUUUCCGGAUUUUUUGCCCCCCUUCGGCUCGAGCGGCUGCCGUCGAUCCCUUUCGUCCGCCUCCCCGGCGCUUUCGUGGUGUACCGAGCGGCUGCCAGUGGCGCCACGUGCAGGCGUCGGCCUCGGCCGGGGCCUGCCACGCUUUUAAACCGCAGACGAAGCUCAUGUUCAAAUCCACGACGUGAUUUGAAGGCCCGAAACAACUUGCGAUUGCAUUUUCCUCCCUCGUUCCACUGAAGACACUGCGCUGCGGACACCACGGGGCAUCCGGUCGGGGCGGAUUUCGCUCAUUUGUCCGCACGGGUGGGUGGGAGGCUCGCCGUGUCGAUUGUCGAUAUAAAGCCGCGGCUCUUUGCGUUGUUUACCAGCCGUGUGAUAGCCAAGUACCUGAACGAAACGCCGCAAAGGUUCGACCACCACCAUCACUACCACCAACUGCAAAAUCACCAAGUCAUUUGGCUGCUCUUGAACUUUGAGAACGCUUCAUUCCAAUAAUCGUUAGUUCUGUCAUAAGCGCGCGUGUGAUAAUAUGUAAUUAACCCCCUUUGAAAUGUGCGAGCUGAAAAGAAAACGAUCAAAAAUUUGUGGUUCAUUUCCGCGGCAGCUGGCUGAACUGGUUUAGCGAGCGGCUUUUCACUUGAAUUUGCGCCCCAGCCGGGGUUAACAGAGCGCUUGUUCCCGCCUCGUCAGGGUCGGCGACUGACCUAACUAACAUUUGCUGGUCGAAACCGAUUUGGUUGCUUGUUGAAUUCCCGAGAGUUAACCACGAACACUGACUGAAAGGCAGCUAGCUAUAUAAAAAAAAAUAGUCGAUUACACCAGAGAUCAAAUGAAGUAAAAUGCGCUAAAAGUAAAUUUACGCCGUAGGCUAAUUUUUCAGCAGAGUAUAUUAAAUAUGAAUUUCUCCGUGUGCCAUGUUGGGAAAACUGGAAGAGAGUGAUUUAGAGGAAAGGAAAGCUGUACUUUUAUCGUGUCUCACGCGUUAGGCUUAAAACAAAAAUCAGCAGUUUCGAUUGUGACGGGGCAAGCGGACACUCUCCGCGGGUGUUCGUGUUUUUUCUUCCAAAUCCACGCAAUAUAUACUCAAGUUGGCAAAGUUUGCGGGCGAGAGUCUAUGUGCUACGUUAUUAUUUUAAUUAUUAGUACUAUACUGUGACUGUAACAAUUUAUUAUUACAUGAUAUAUAUUAUGAAUAUAUGCAACACGCGCGUAAACUAGAUUUAAGGAUCAUACACACAUAAACACUUACACUUACACACACACACGAACGCAGUUUGAUUUUUGUAAGGUUAGAAUUAGGAUUUGAAUUUCAUAACUGUAACGUAAUUAUAGAACUGGGUGUUUAAAGGGUGUUUGAAGGUGCUACGGUCUUUAGAUAAUACUAAAAUACUUUGACACGAAGUGCGUACCAACACAAUAGCGAGAAUAGGCCGAGUGGGCCGGGUGGGCCGGCUGAUCGCUAGACGGACCCGCUCCGGCGGCCCUCGGCGCGUAGUUUGUUUCUCAUCGCGACUAGCACGUAAGCGCGCGUUUACCCUUCGUACGUACGCGUAAGGAUUUUCAUGUUCUCAAGGAAAGUGAAUGAAUAAAAUUACACUAUUCUACAUUUAUGAAAAACAACUAAUUGUAAUUCAAUUUCAAUGUGACACUGCUGUUUUUUAAUAAUAAAUGGAUACUGCAUACAUAUGAAAAUAUUGGUUAUACUUUCAAAAGAUUGAGCAAAACGUAGUUGUAAGUGUUGUGAUGGACAAACAUAGGAAAUUAUUUUAAAAUAAAAUUUGCAAAAAAUUCCGACAAAAAAUUCAAAGCAGAUCAGAUGCGAAAAGCACCAAAAAUCCUUCCUGCAUUGGUGGAGAUGGCAAAAGACAAGAAUUUAUUUUGUUUUGUAUAAUUCUAUAUAUUUAAUCGUUGUAAGUCAGUCAAUCUUAUCGCAAUGGGGUUGGAAUAGCUUUUCGUUGCCUCCGAUUCAAACACAGUAGACGCAAAAUUAGACUCACACACACACUCUCUUUCUCCGUCUACUAUUAUCUAACUAUAAAGUGAAUAUUAUCCACCUAUCUCUCUCUCUCUUUCUCUGAUUUUCAAAUUUAAAUAAUAUGUAUUUUAGCGGGCAUUUGUGGAGUAAGCAAUUACGUGAAAUCAAAUCAAUCGAAUCUCACAACGUGCAAGUUUCCUCAGCAAAACAAAAACUGAAAUCGUUUUACAACUAACUAAUUAAGUUCUGCACCAAGUGCAAGCGAAUGAUAAGAUAAACCGAUUGGGGUGCCAAACUACUGAAUUCUGCGACAGCCUCAAAUUGUAUCACAAAUAGACAAAAAUGCCCACGCUUGAAUCAAAAGACGGCGCCGACGACGACAACCUCCUCCUCUCUCACUCUUUCAUAUCUACUCUUCUGGUGACAAAAAGAAAAUCGAUAAAACAAAUAUAUAAAAAAAAUCUCACAAGAUAAUCAACAAAACUGUUUCCUAAUUGCUCAGACGAACAUUUAAAGUGUAAGGACGUUCCUGUGAUAAAUGAUUGCGAUUUCGUUACUUAAACUUAACUAUAUAAUUACUAGAGUUCAGUAACAACACAACUGGCGGCGGCGCCAGACACGAAGGAGGCGGGGUCGGCGCCGACUUGACGCACUUCCCAGCAAGCGACACGAACAUUCUGAGACGUGCUGUGAAAAAAAAGAAAGGGUCGGGGAUCAUCCCCGCCGAUUAAGCACUCAAAUUCUGCUGCUUUUUACGAGACAACCCUCGGCACUGAAACAAAUUUUUUUCUCACACCCACUGACGAAAAGAAAUGAAAAAAUAAUAAGAGAAAACUUGAGGAGAAGGGCGAAUGGGCAGGCAUUUUCGCGAAUGCUCAAAUAUCUUGGCUGUAGACGCGCGCGGUUCCUGCCGCGCUCUCGACGAUACAAAUCGCGCGAGCGACUUCUAAACUCACUGCAAUUAUAUAAUGGUAAAUAUUAUUACACGUCGCACUGUGCGUCCUAUUCUGUUAUGAUUCAUUCAUUUUUAUUCCCUAAGUUGAGAAUGACGGAAACAAAAAUAAUUAAGGGGAUUAGUCAAUUCAACAAUCGCGACCAACGACUUUUAUUUUCCGCGGUCCCUUCAUACUCUCUCUCUCUCUCUCUCCCUCUCUAUCUUAAAGGUUUUAACUUGCGCCAAACACACUCACUCACUUCUACCUGCUUCCCUCUCGAUAUUUAAAAGAUAAAUAAAUACUUAAUAAGCACUGACAAAAACAUAUGCUACAAACUAAGCAGGAAACUUGCAUUCGCACAAAAUUUUUUUAAAAAUACGUAGGUCGAUUUGCCUUUUUUGUUCUGCUCGAGUUUAAAAUUUUUAAAAUGUAUUGCGCGAAAACGUCCUUUCCGUUUGGAACGGCUCACAAAACAAAUCGAGUGCUAGAGGAGGGUUUUCCAUUUUUUUUUCAAGUCCUCUGAGACUCCGAAUAGUAUUGCUGUAAUUGUGAUCUGUUAAUUACAAAGACGAAAAUAUUUCUAAAAAAAAGGAUAAGAUGAAGCAAAAUUUUUUUAUUGCAAUUGGGCAUCGGAAAUGCAUCAAACCGCAAAUAAUAAACAAAAACAAAAAUACUGCGUGCGAUAUAUUUUUCGUGUUGUUUAUCGAUAUUGCGAGAAACGAACCGCUUGUGUAUCCACCAAUACUUGAUGUGCCCCCGAUUUUAAAAACACUGUGUUCCACUGGAUGAUGCUUAAACGUAAAUGAAUCAACUGAAAUACCAAAAAUCAAUAUCAUUGUUGCCAUUAAUAUAUACAUUAAAAGUAAUCAAUAAUCGACCAAGAACGAACAGCACAGCAACAAAACUGUUUCUUUCUGGUGUAGUUUUGCAUUCAAACUGUCUGUCACUCUGAUAUCUCGCAUGUUUCGAUUUUUCCACUCGUACACUAAACUUAUCAAGAGAGUGAUAUGGCCUAACCGGAAGGACAGUAAAAUAAAAAAGACAAGAAUUCGCUUUUCACACACACAGACCAAAAGAAUGUCACAGUUCCCAGGACCCAAGACUUAGUGCAAAUUUAAUUUGCACACGACUUUUCGACAUUUUGGCUGGACGAAAAUGGCAAUUCUUGGCGAACUCGGUUGAAUCAAAGUUGGCUGUUCCUUCCCCCAAAUCUCUGCCUAAAUUGUUUGGCUUGCACAAAAAUUUGGAUUCGAGCGGGCCGCUGAAUCGGCUGCAAGUCCGUCUCUAUAGCCUUAUUAGCACCUAUCUCACAGCUCGACCUUUGAUUCAAUAUGCAAAUCGACGACGAUAUGUUUUGUAUUAAUUCACAAACACACACGUCUCUCUCUUGAUAACAAAAAAAAAACAGCAAAAAACACGCGCGUAUAUAUUGUAUAACCUUAAACACGCCAUUGUCCCCUUCGAUCAUCGCUCGUGUAGGAUUGAUUGCGCGAUGGGCUAAUGUUUUAAUCUUAAGCUUGCUACACACAGACACACACACUAUACUUGCUACCCGAACGAGCAAGAACUUAAAUGAAUCCGCCGCGCGGCGGCACCCCUGCCCGCGCCGCUCGUUCCCUGCUCGACGGACGGGCAGGGGCGCCCUGCUUCCACCCUGGCGGUGCUCCUCUCGGCUGAUUUCGCUUACACACACAUUACACAUUCACCGUUCUGUUGUUUCCUUGAGUCAUGCGAUGAGAUGAUAAUAAUUGUAAUAAUAGGUAAUAUAUCAGUGUUCUGUUUGAAUUUUGUUUCCUAAUGUAUGGUCUGAGCAAGAAGCCACAUUGCGCGUGUUCACCGCUUGGCUGAAGAAAUUUUUGUUUAUUUAUCAAUUAUAUUGACAAAAGAGAGAUGAAUUAAUAUGAUAUAAGUAAUAAUUACAAAAUAAUCUACCAUCCUUUAUGUGUAAUGACCAGUACUACAAUGUAUGUUGCGUUGAAUAAAGGGUGUCUUUCAGUGUCAAAA